AUGAAUUUUCUAAAUUAAAGCAGUGUUUAUGUUGAUACCAGUUCCUAUUUACUUGCCAAAAACAACAGAGAAUCAGCAGGUCAGAUGAUAAAAAAUAUAGCAAAUAUAGCGAUUCCAGUCAUUAUAGGACAGUUUUUCGCUCUUUUUGUGGAAUCAAUAAAUGUUGCUUUUGUGGGACAUCUGAACGAUCCAGCUAAGGUGGCUGGUACAGGCCUAGGUAAUAUGUAUGUCAAUAUUUUCUGCCUGUCUAUCGUAUUCGGCCUAAAUGGAGCUAUUGCCACACUUGCUUCUUAAGCGCACGGAAGUGGAAAUGACAGAAGAGCUGGUCUAUACUUGAAUAGAGGCAGAAUUGUGAUAGGGAUAGCAUUUAUUCCUAUAAUUUCAAUUUUACUGUGCACUGAAAAGGUUCUCAUCCUGAUUAAGCAAGAUAAACAAGCCGCAAACUAUGCGCAAAUCUAUGCUUACGGUUUGAUUCCAGCUAUGAUAUUCCAAUCUCAGUUCGAUGCCACCAGACAAUUCUUAAAUGCUAUGCACAAAACUAGAGUUGUAAUGAUUGUCAAUAUUGUAACUUGCUGCUUGCACUUUUUAUGGUGCUAUCUACUAGUAAUGGUGGCUGGCUUAGAUAUUAGUGGAGCUGCUCUAGCUACAACUAUCACAUAUUUCCUCAAUUUUAUUAUUGUGACCAUUUACUGUGCCAACUGUUCAGAUCUUAAGGAAUCUUUCUUCUUCCCAGAUAGAGAAACAUUCAAAGAUUUAGGAGAGUAUCUUAAAAUUGGAAUACCGUCUGCAAGUAUGCUCUGCCUAGAAUGGUGGAGUCUUGAAGUACUAGCAUUAGUAGCUGGAUACAUCAAUGUAAUUACUACUGCAUCGUUUGUUAUUAUUGCGAACACUUAUACUAUAUUGAGUAUGUUUGCAUUUGGUGCUAGUAUUUCUGCAAGUGUUUGUGUUGGUCAAGCAGCUGGUGAGGGAGAUCAUUUCAAAGCUAUAUAGUACUCAAAGCUUAUAGUCUCUAUGACUUUUAUCAUGGUUAUUAUACUUUCAAUUUUCCUACUUCAAGCAAAAACUGUAAUAGCUAGAGUGUUUACAACUGACGAAGAAAUGAUUUAAUUGAUUUCUAAUGCCUAUAUUAUCCUAGCAGGCGCUCUGAUACUCCAAGGACUAGGUCUGGUUUAAAGUGGAGUGCUCAGAGGUCUCGGUCUUUAAUCCAAGGGUACAAAGGUUGUGCUUUUUGCUUUUUACUUUGUCUCCCUACCUUCAUCCUACCUUUUUGGUAUCUAUUAUGAUUUGAAGCUUGAUGGGCUAAUAUAUGGAAUCACCUGUGGUAGCUUUACUUUCGCCUUUCUAAACUUCAUUAUACUUAAAUUUACAAUCUCUUGGAGGAAAUUAGUCAGAGAAAUUAAUCAUAAAAUGAAGGAUGAGCACAUAAAAGAUCAACCAAGCAGCUAUAUAGGAGUCUCAGCCGAUCCUACGUUAGCAUAAAAGUAGCAAACUAUUUAAAACUAAGAUAACGAAGUGAGUACUAUGAAUUCUACUUAAAGAAUAAACACAGCUAACAGUAAUAAUAGUCCAUAAGAAGUGAAGGAGAGUCCAAACUACACUCUAAGGUAAAGAUAGGAAAAAGAAUGA